UGUAAGAAAUAAAAUCAUUAUAAUGUAACUAUGAAAAAAGUUUUAUUCUACAAGACAAGGAAAAAUGACUGUGACGUUUUGCAAAUUGUUUCGUUACUGCUGGUUCUACCCUCCAUUUUGCGAGCUCAAAAUACCUUGGGGUGCCCUGACUUAAUAAAAACUAACAAAUGUUCUUGUUACACAUUUGAAGACGGCUUGUUUCUUGAUUGCCAAGAUACUGCUUCGAAGGAUAUAAAAAAUGCACUUAAAACUGUGUCUGACAUACAUUCACUCUCCGUUUACGACCUCGACGACAACGAAGAUGCUCUGGGACCUCAUUUUAUACCUCAAGGCGUUUGUAUAAAGCAUAUUCAUAUGUCAAGAACAAGCGUAAAAGACAUUGGCGAUGAUACGUUUAUGCCGCUGAGAAAGUGCCUUGAAACGUUAAGCAUUGUAUCGAGCAAAAUCAAAAUUAUUCCCCAGAAGGCCCUUUCUGGGAUGCUCAAAUUAAUAUCGAUCGACUUAACGUCUAAUUAUAUAGAGGAUAUACCAAGUUACAGCUUUUACGGCCUUCCUCUCAUGAAACUGAGCAUAAAAGCAAAUGUUAUACGUGACGUCUCGGAAUCAGCUUUUUCGAGCCUCGAGUUAACGUUAUCUGAAAUCGAUUUGAGUGAAAAUAAUCUCACCACGUUACCGAUAGAGGCUUUUGCAAAAUUAAGGCAUCUUCGAUCAUUACGAUUAGCAUGGAAUGAAAUGUCUUCUUUUCCUGUAGUUGACAACUCGGAACUAAUAUCUCUAGAGUAUUUAGAUUUAAGUUCAAAUAAUUUUGAAUUCAUUUCGGAAGACUGCCUUAAAUUUUGUCCGUCCCUGAUCACAUUGUCAUUUCAUUUUAACUUCAUCAACAGUAUACAUUACAGAGCAUUUUAUUCUUUGGUAAAUUUAAAAUCUCUUGAUUUAAGUCAUAAUAGAAUUAAAGUAUUAAACCCCAAUAUUUUUCAGAAUAACAAAUAUUUAGAAUACAUUGACCUAAGUCACAAUCAUUUGCACCACAUCCACGGAUUGUUUUGUAAUUUACCAUCACUUAAUGAAGUAAUUUUAAGUUAUAAUAAUAUUUUGGAUGUGCCAAUAGACUCCUUUAUUAAUUCAAAGAAAAUUAGUGCAAUACAUUUAGAUAAGAAUUGUAUAAACAACAUUCAUAGUGAGAGCUUUAGUAACUUAGUGAACCUUAAUAAGCUUAGUCUAGAAUUUAAUUAUUUGAAUCAAGUGCCACAUAAUAUUUUUAUAAAUAAUAAGAAUAUAUUAAAGAUAAGGCUAGACAAUAAUAAUUUUUCAGAAUUUAAUAAUGACACGUUAGGACCCUUAGUAAAUGUAAGUGAAAUAAGGUUGAAUAGUAACAGGCUUAAAGUAAUAACAAAAGAUUAUUUUAUAAAUUCUAUGAAACUGAAAGAAGUUUACUUGGACCACAACGAGAUUACUUUUAUAGAACCCGGGACUUUUAUAGGCAUGACUGAUUUAAAGUAUCUCAGUCUACAUAAUAAUCAUAUCGUAGCCUUAAACGAUGUUUUGCCAAAGGUUACUUCAAGUUUAGUUACACUGCAUUUAGAACACAAUUCUUUGUCAUUAAUAGGAAACUUUAUGUUGCAGUCACAGACCAAUUUGAAUUUUUUGAGCUUAACUAAUAAUCGCUUGAAAUUUUUGACCAAAAAUACAUUCCGGAAUUUAGGGCUUGUAACACAAUUGGAAUUAAACAAUAACGAUAUCUCUGUUAUUGAAGAUUUUUCACUGCAGCACUUAAACUCUGCACGUUCAUUAGAUUUACAGUUCAAUUUGCUAAGUAACAUAACGAACUAUACAUUUUACGGAUUGAGUGAAAUAGAAGACUUAGAUAUUUCGCACAACACAAUAACGUUUAUUUUUGAUAUGGCUUUUGACACUCUGAAGAAAUUGAGAAGCUUAAAUCUUUCCUUUAACCCUUUGAAAAUACUCCACAAAAAUGUUUUCCAGCAGGGUUUACCACUGAGCUCACUCUUUUUAGAUAAUUGCGAAAUACAAUUUAUAGAGAAUGGCACUUUUGUAGGAUUGAACAAUUUAAAAUCACUCUCACUUAAAAAUAAUUCCCUUAAAGCUAGAGACUUGUUAUCUAUUAGUGUUCCAGGGUUAAAAUACUUAACUUUAUCUUUCAAUGUUCUUGACUAUCUCCCUGUAGAGACGUUUACUCAACUUCCACUUUUAGAAGUACUUUAUAUGGAGCACUGUAAUGUUGAUAACAUAUUCGAGGGCACAUUCAGACAAAAUAAAAAGUUAUUGAGACUGAAUUUAGCACAAAACAUAAUCAGUACCAUUCCAACGACGUUGUUUGACUUGCACAACUCUAUUUCGGAAUUCAAUUUAAGUAACAACUUUCUGGAUUACGUGCCAUACAACACAUUUCAUAAUUUCACAGAUAUUGAAAGUUUAGAUCUAGCAGAUAAUCUUAUACCGAGAGUGGAACUAUGUGGUUUCGAAAAAUUAAAUAAAUUAAAAUAUUUGAUUCUUAGAAAAAAUGAAAUUAAAGCCAUAACAGCUAGUAAAAAAAUAGAAUUUCCAUUUUUAAUACUUUUUGACAUUAGUUACAAUAAGUUAGACAAUUUGCCACUAUUAAUAUUCGAUAUCUUUCCAAAUAUACAAAAUAUUAAUGUUUCAAAUAAUGACAUAGUUCGUUUCGAUUUCUUACUGUCUUACAAGAGUAAGGGCAUGUCGCUACUUAACAUCGAUCUCAGUAAAAACCCAGCAGCUUUAUGGUCUCCACCCAACAGACUAGAUAACAAAACGCUAAUAGCAAAUCUGUACGAAUUACACAUAUGUGCCACUAACAUGACAAACAUCGAUGACAACACUUUCGAAAUGUUCACUAAUUUACAACAUCUGUAUCUCAAGUACAACAAAAUACGACGCCUCUCCAUAAGUCCAUUUUCGAAGUUAUCUUUUUUAGAGAAUUUAGAUUUAAGUUAUAACAGAAUUUCUCAACUCAAAACCAGCAAUUUCCGUGGACUAACUAAGUUGAGAACAUUAUGUUUAACAAAUAAUAACAUCGAAUCAAUAGAAUCCUUCGCCGAAGAGUUAAGUAAUUUGAAACUCUUGGAUCUCUCGCACAACAAGUUACAAAACAUUCUAAAUGAAGAUCUAAUAAACUUGAAGGAGUUAACGGUAUUACACUUGAGUUACAACAACAUUAAAUAUAUAUCUGUAACGGCAUUUAAAAAUUUAAACAAAAUUAUCAAGAUUGAUUUAGAGCACAAUAAACUUCAGAACAUACAGAUAGACUUACUGACGUCAGUAGAAAAUCAUAUUCAGGAUAUUUCAAUCAAAGAUAAUGUUAUCAUAUGUAGCUGCCAAAAAGAUAAUGCCUGGGUAUGGAUUCAGGACCAUCCAAGAAUUAUUAAAUCAAAUGCAGUAACAUGUUACAAAGACGAGUACCCAAAAGAGAAAUGCGAUAUUCCAGUUAUAUCACAGCUAUCGGUCGACAGGCAUAAAGAUAAUUCUGUUUCCGUGUCAUGGUUCAUAAGGAACCGAACAGCCAUCAAAGCUUUACAGAUUUUAUACUACGGCGAAGAUGGAAACACAAAUGUGCGGUCUAAAUAUCUUGAGAAAACAGAAGUGUCGGUCCAUAUCAAAGAUUUGGAGCCGAACGUUAAUUACGUGGUAUGCGUCAUCACUCAUUCCGAAGAACCAAUGGAUUACGAGGAAGAAAUAUUUACAACAGAAGUCAACAAAACUAUUAAUGACAGUUCAAAUUCCACGGCAAGAAUAACACAGGAUGUUGCAGCCGCCAUACUUAUGCGAUCUCCUUCAAGCGAAUGUGUCUCUUUCAAUACAUUUAGAACACCAACUACAGUCAAACCUAAAAUAGUUAAGCAAUUUCAUAUUUCUUCAAUUCUUAAUCGUCGAAUGGGCCUAAUAGUGGGGUGCUCAUUAGGUUUUGUAGUAUUCUUCAUUAUGGUAUCGGUUCUAUUGUACACGAAAAUUAAAGAAAGAAAAAGAAUAGCGAAGUCUGACCCAGCGUGGGCCGAAAUGAACGAUUAUCAUUCAAUGGCAAGUAAAGAUGAUAUUUUACAAAGUUCUACAACAGCUUCGACCGACAACAUUCUCUUAGGUAUGACUAAAAAUCGUAAACUUUCACUAGAUCAUUUAAUGUAAUCUCGUAUUAUUUUAGAGUUAGGUCUGUAGUAUAUUUUUGAAGUGAACAAUAAAAUUCUAAAUUCGGAUUAAUUAGUUAAACAUUUAUAUUGUUAAUAGAUGCCUAAAUUUACGACUGUUCGCUUAUGAUAGCUAGAUACUUAGAUGUAGAAAGUAGUGCCUACAAGGUAGGAAAAUUGUAACUAUUUAGAUAGAAUACUUAGUUAUAGAGAGAUCUUAUUAUGGAAUUAAAAUGUUGGCAUGAUUAUCAGU